GGGUUUUCGACGAUUCCGAUGUCGGCUUUCCACGGUGGUCCAUCACCGCGGCACCCGGGGGGCGCGUCGGAGGCCCGGUGCUCGCUUCCGAGAGAACCGCCACCAACGACGUCGCCGCCUCCCCCGCACUCGCGACUUCCGGCGAAGGUGCCACGGGCGCCGGGCGCGACCUUAGCCACUACUAUCGAGGCGAGGCGGUUCUUGACCGGAUCCCUCGGGAUUUGGCUCCGGUAAAGAAGGUCGCCGGGGCAGGUGGGAACUCCGCAUCGCUUCAACCGCGGCGGGCGAGGAAGUCUGCCGUGAAGGCAGAGAAGCCGCGGUGGCUGCUGGUAUUGAGCAUUUUGGGGAAGAACUUAGGGCUGUUGGUGGUGCUUGCGGGGCUUGUUCAGUUGAUCCGGCGGCUGGCAUUAAAUUCCGGUGAUGGUGGUGAUGUAGGAGGAUACGCUGGGUUGUUGGAAUUCGAGGGAAGGAUUUCGGAUGUGGAGGGACUGUUGAAGAAGACGGCUAAGAUGAUUCAGGUGCAAGUUGAUGUGGUGGAUAAGAAUGAAGAUGAGGUCAGAGGGUUAAGAAAGGAAUUGAAUGAGAAAAUUGAGGAGAAAGGGGUGAUUUUUCAAAGUGGGUUGAAGAAAUUUGGAGGCCAAGGAAUGAGGAGGGUGGAAGGGGGUGGGUUUCCACCACCAGCGGCGGUGCGUGGUGAAGCAUUCGGAUGUGUAUCAUAUGGGGAGGGAAAUUGGUUUAAAGUCUGCAAAAAUGGUGUCCACCCAAAUGCGGAAAAGAUGUUAAAACCGAGCACUUUGGCGAGCCCAGGGCAGUUGUUUCCCCUUGAAGGAUGUAAAGGGUUUGUUCAGAUUAGGCUUCGCACUCCCUCAUUUCCCGAGGCUGUCACCUUGGGAACAUUAAGCAAAGGUGACAAUUUUCGUUCUAAAUCUAAACAUUUUUGUGUUCAUGUCAGUCUGUUAGUAUGGUAUAUAACGUGUUUUUUUACUGUUCCUUAAAUUUACUUAAGUAUUAGAAUAGAUGAAAUGUUUGAUUAUCGAAAUUUAUGUUUUGCAAAUAUAUAUGCAUAUCUCAUGUUUAUGCACUUGGCCGCCUUCCCUUUCUACUUUUGGCAAACUCAGUUUAUGAAUUUGCAAUCGGAUGAUUGCCAUGCAUUAAUUUUAUUUAUAUCCCUAAUAUAUCACAUGGAUCUUAAAAUACACAAAUUAGUAUUUUAAGAUUGAUUAUUAGACUAUUAUAAGAUACCUUGUAAUUUCUUAGUGCAUUGAUAGGACCAAAAGUGAAUACAAUAACACUAAUAAAGUUGAGAAAGUUAAGUGAUGUUUUACCUGUAACUUUAUUUCUUAUUUUCAUUUUAUGUUUUCGCUUUUUACUUGUAACUAAUAAAUGACAUUUUGUUUUCAAUUUAUUUCCUGUUACACUGAAUCCAUUUUUUUUAUACUUUUAAAUUUCAGUACUGAAAUUUUUCUGUCCAACAGAGCGUUGCAUAUGACAGAAUCAAGUGCCCCUAAAGACUGUAGGGUCCCUCUGGGUUGGCUGCAGGGCCGUUAAUGGUGGAUUUCUGCAGUGACUUUGAAAAGAUGUAUCAUCUAUUCAGAAUUUACGUAUGAACCUAGAGAAGAGCAAUGCCUCAGACAUUCAACGUGUUGAAUUCAGGUGCUUUGGUCUCAUCCAAACACGGUAAGGCUCGAUUACAUCCAACCAAUGGAGCCCUUCACACACAUGUAUAUUCGG